CCAGUUGCCUAGCAACUAUCCGACAGUGGGCUUUGAAACAAAUCGCUCUGACCCAAGAAUUUAACUAGCGGUUAGCUCGUUCACGUUAACCAGCUUGUUCGGUAAAGUUAACGAUCGUGUCUUCUUAACCCUUCGCCUGCUUAGUCCUUCAAAAUGUCUGAAGUUGCGCAUCCACCAGAAAGCGUCUACAAUCUUAUUCCAAGGGACGAGGUUCAUACUCAAAAACCACCAAGGUAUGUGUCCAAGUACAGACCAGCAGUUGUUCUUGAGAAGAAGUCAUCCAAGGAUGCAAUGAGGACGAUGGGACCAGCAAAAGUAGAGGUGCCAUCUCCUGACAAAUACCUUAAGAAGCAUUCGAAAGAGCCCAGAUUACCUGAAAACACGUGGUGUUCAAAAGACGGUCGUAACUGCUGCGCUGUGAAGAAGCCACCUGUUCCUGCUAGGACCGACAACCCACCUAUGGGUUUUCACACCAAGAGAAACUUUAUACAGACCGCUACCGCUGUGCCUAUGAAGCCGAAGCCUGCCUAUGUAGACACCAGCAAGGGACACAAGCAACCCCUUGAGAAUUCAGGACUUGUUCCCAAGUACAUCACAAAAAAGGAUUAUGGGAAAGUGCCUGAGUAUUUGCAGCAGCGCAAUGAAGAAGAGCAGCAAGCGCAGGACGAGUUCAACGAGCUUGUGAAAGAACAGAGGCAGGAGGGAGCCAUGAAACGCCUGUCAGACGAGGAGCGACAAGCUGUCCUGCAGGGCCUGAAGAAGAACUGGGAUCAGUUACACCAUGAGUACCAGGGCCUCUCACUCGUCACAGACACCAUGUCAAAGAAGUCCCACAAGGAGCGUCUGGAAGUGGCAAUGAAGCAGCUGGAGAAGGACAUCAACCUCUUUGAGAGGUUCAAGAUCAUUUACAUAUCUAAUAAGUAGGACAUAAAAACACAUGGACCUGAUCAGGUGUACUAUACUGUCAGCCUUACUUCAAAUGUCACAUGGGCUUGAGUAAACUGUAUUCUGUAUUCAGACAUUCUCGUGGUCUGUCAUGUGAACACUGAAACAAAACAAAAUGUGAAAGUCUAGCUAAGUCCAAAUGAAACACGAUAAAACCAGAAGCACUGACGUGAGUCGGAUAAUAAAGGAAAGAUCACUAAGUUAUGAAAAUCAUUUCGAAUUACCUUCUGAUUACUGUGUAAAUUCAUUACAGAUCUAAUUGUAGUCUGGCCAGUAGUAGAGAUAUUUUGCUGUGGACUCUUACCAAGUAAAACAUGCAAUUUAACAUUUUUGUGAGUAAAAUUUCCAUUAGAGGAGUUUAUUUCUGAACUGCAGAUAACUUUCUUUAACUUACCACUCUACAAAUGUGAUUUCUUGGAGAACAUCUUUGCAAAUAAUUGGCUGUUUUGGCUAUCCUUUAAAAUUAAUUUCAUUCCAACUCAAUAAAAUUUAUUGUGUAGAAACUGAA